AUGAACUCAGUUCAGCGACCGUUCCUAUACGAUCAGGAAAAGUACGAUGAUGCACGCUUUCCUCCGACCACGUUUGAUCCCAAGGCCGUCACUCGUGCCAGUUGGGAGGUAAAACCACCGAGGCCCAAGCAAGAAGGACCACUGGUCAAAUUUAACCAGCAUCCCGAUGCUCAAGCCGUUCUCCCCCACCGGACCAACAACAAGAGGAUCGGUGAACGAACAAAGAGAUGGAUUGUCCGCCUGAGGAUUGUGCAGCUUUGUCUGCGGGUUCCUGAGCUAAUUGGAGCAGCUGGUGUUCUCGCCAUGUUCAUUCUCUUGACCGAUGUCCCGGAGUUGACUUCCUGGAUCAUGCGCAUCGCUGCCGCCGGAAUUGCUACACACAAUGCAUACUCGAUAUAUCAUCUUCAGCGGCCUGCAGGAGAGCGGUCACCAGCCUCUUCUGCCGGCUACAUGGUCUUCUCGACUCUUUUUGAUUUGACCGGUCUUGGACUAUUUACCUUUGGUGUGAUCGCUGUCAUCAAUGACAGUAUGCAUUGGGGAUCCCUGAUCCACGGCCCUUCGCGAUUGCGCGAAAACUUCAUCAAGACUGUCUACUACGCCCUCAUUGCUACCGCCGGCCUUCACUUUGUCUCCUUCCUAAUCUCGGUCUGGCUUGCCUAUCAGUUCCGCCAAAUCACCCGGCUGCCACCUGACAUGAACCCCCUCGAGUCUCACCUGACUGCGCGUCGCGUCCAGGCCGGUCGCCGUCGCAAGGAUCACAAGCGCAACAAGUCCUCCAUUGCGACCACGUCCACUAGUUUCACAGUGGGCAGCACAAGUCGUCUGUCUACCCCUAUCGAGUCCCACCGCCGUUCUGGUGCACCCUAUGAAGAUGUUUCGGUCCGCCCACCGUCGGUCCCCUUUUCCCACACCAGGCGUGGUAGCGAUGUCAGCGUCUACUCCAAGAGAGACUCACGCAUCGAACUUCCAAGCCACAUGUAUCAGACCUCCCCCACCAGCCCUCCCAGGGAUACCACCAGCAAUGCGCAAUUUCAGGCCAUGGCCCAGAACCUGCAAGGCCCAGCCCGCCCUAUGUCGGUUGCUUCCAUGUCCACCUCGCCCCCCUCCUAUCACGUUACUCAGCCCCAAACGCAGUCUCGCGCUUUGUACUCUGGGGUCCCCCUUGAAGAGCAACCCGAAGCUCUAGGAUCCCGAGGCAGCAGCAGCGGCAGCAGCCAGGGCCGUCAACCCAAGUUUACCGAGUCCUGGAUGCCAACUAAGUCCCUUAUCCACCGAACACAACAACGACAGCAGAUGGCCAUCAACAACCUCGUCCUCAGCGCUGCCAUGGGAGAUCGUCCCUAUUCAGUAGUCAGCCAGCGUCGCGAUCUCGGUCGUGAAGACGGCGUUUCGGACGAUUCUGACGACGAGAAUGAAAUUGUUGCCAACGGUGGACUCUACGACGACGCUUCUCGCUACCGCCGUGCUGAGACUUUGAAUAUUGCCCCGGACGACGACGAGUCUGACCUCGGUAGCAGCGUCCCGCCACCAGUCCCCACACACCGACACACUGUUUAUAUGGACCACCACCAUCCUCUUCGCCAGAAUCCUUCGACGCCCCCUCGCUCCCAGACCCCGUUUGAAUACCGUCCAGCUACGGCCGUCUCCGAUGCCAGCGCCGAUGCCAGGGCCGCCAACGACAGCCAGGACAUUGCAGACUUGACUCCUUGCACCGAGCUGAUCGACACGCCGCCAAAAGCCUCCCGUCGCAAGUCUUUUGGUCGCGAGCUCGGCAAGCGCAUGACCUGGGCCGGCCGCCAGAGAGACAGCUCUAUCCAGCCAGAGUCCAGCUUUUACUCCAAGCCCUACGGUGACCUCCGCUCUCGCACGCCGCCCGAGAUGGUGACGAGCGUCAACAUCAAGGUUGCCGGAGCAGGCGACAGCCGCACUCACACGGAAUCCCCACGCCAAGUGUCAACCGGCAAUGACUAUCGGGACAUGGGCAACGGUGGGGGGAACAUUUUUGCUAGGCGGAACGUCAGCGGGAAGAUGGCCGAGGAAGGCCGCGCCGGUGGAUCCAGGAACAUUUACUGA